GGAAAGCUCACGUAAUAGCAGAACCUUCAUGUUGCAGAUAACAAGUUCCACUGAGCUCGUUUUGCCGCUUCUUCGUCUCCGCUCCUCCUAGUCGGGUAAGCAAGCCCUGGAGAUAUGCCUCAUCAAGUCCGGUGUCACUUGGUGAUUGGGUGACAUAGCUAUCCGGUGCCUGCAUGUGGUUUGAUGUUAUCGACUAUAAAAACGUCUGGUUUCUCAAUGCUGAGAACCACUGACAACGUUGUGUGAGCUUCUACCAAGACUACCAAGAGGUAGACAAUGUGGGUGACCUGCUUUGUGUAUGUGCACGUCUGAUGAGUCAAAUUGGUGGAUUAGGAUUUUAACGCCAGAAUACGUCGCUACGACGCAAGAGCUUGCAAAACUGCCGGGGAAGACAAAGCGACCGUUGUGCCACAUCAUGGGCACACAGGCGCUGCGCCUCAACCAGGCACUAUUGGUGUAUGGCGUGUCGUAUAUCUCGUUUAUCCCGAACGAGCUUCUCGAGAUGAUAUUUGUAGAGACAGUCAAAGCAACCAUUAGAGCAGAUGAAGACUACUCUUCUUCAUGCGCCCUCACCAGAUUGCGCCUCCGUUCCAGGCCUGAGCUUUUGCUUACGAGUGUUUCACAGCGUUGGAGAGCUGUGGCGCUCGGGAUGCCGUUGCUUUGGACAGAGAUCCGACUUUUCCUCCGGCAGAAUGUAGAUCUUGUCAAUCUUUACUUGACCCGCUCACAAGGACAGCUGCUUGACAUGCGAUUCAUUGGCAAUCAUUGCGAUUUUCACAGUCAGGGCUUGCCUGAGUUUGACCCAGAUUACUUGCGCAUAUCCCACAUUAUUCUCUUGCACGUUCAUGUCUGUCGCCGUUUGGAAGUUCACGGGGCUUUCCCAUUCCCAAAACUUCUAGAUGGGCUCAAGCGCAUAAAGGCACCAAUGCUUGAAGAACUUAUGGUGCACUAUCCGCUUAACAUCCCAAAUAGCAGACAUAUCUUGUUCACUGAAGGUCUGCCUUCACUCACGUCUGUGGAACUAGGAAAUGUCUCAUCUAUCUCCUCAGACCUGUUCCUAUCUGCAGAUCGUCUUACGGUGCUCACCUUAAACGGCUUGUGGGUUUCUGGUCUUUCCCCCGAGAAUUUCAGCAGCCUACUCUCUCAUCUCACGUCACUGACUCAUCUCACAUUGAUCGGUGAACCUGUGGAUUAUGUUCGCAGCAUGGAUAUCCCACUCGUCGAAAUACCUUUGCUCCAGACAAUGGUCGUAAAACCCGGACCAAACAUUUCGAGGACGUAUCUACCUACCCUCUUUCGGACAAUACGUGCCCCCGUGCUACGUGAGCUAGCAUUGGAUUUCCACGCUACGACCUCGUCACGUGAUAUCCAGUCGCUUGUGGACAAGCUGAAGCGUGGAGCACCGCCCUUCCCCUCUGUACGCCUUCUCACAUUAUGCAGCAGGUCCAUGGCAUAUGACGGGUGGCAUGCCCUUGCCCACGCAUUCUCAGGCGUAACGACACUCUCGGUCUCCAAAUGUAUCAUGAACCAGUUGAUGGGCUUCCUCUCAUGUGCGGGGAGACGAGAUGCAUUCCCGAAUUUGCGGACACUGUUGUUUGAUGAUGUGCAGUUCGAGUGGUCGUUGCUAAUCCAACUGUUGCAGAUCAGGGAGGCGGCGGGUAUGCCUGUUCGCGAGGUCAAGAUGAGGGGCUUUAAGAAACAUGCGCAGUCUGAACUAGUUGGGAAGUUGGUGGCUUCUCUUGCUACAUACACUCCUAUUGUGAUUGGUUGGACUUGAUCGCGACAUGUAUAGAGCCUAGGCUAGACUUACGGGAUUUGUCGAACGGUGCCGUGAGCGUCCUCGGCUCAUGAAAUUACCUAGUUCAAUUGAAAGAAGGCCUCCAGUAUCAACCUUUCCGUGGAAGUUGCUCAUUUAUUUAUAACCCUCGCUGCCGUCGACGACAGGCCAUCAUCG